CCCAUAAAACUCUUUAAGAAGGGAAAGGAAUGAACCAAGAAAUAGAGGAAAAGUGAUCUCAUCCCCUCCAGAGACAGAGAAGGAAUAAAAGUUGGGAGACACUUCCUGGUGGCUUGGGAUAGGGAAUGUAUUAGGGCUGGUGUGAGGACCAGAUUCCAAACCUUUGCCCAUCUUUAAUCAGCUACUCCAAGAGAGUGAGGUAGGGCAGAACUUGGUGUCGGAUCUCAUGGAUAUUCCCCACAGGGGCUUCAGCUCCUGGGAGAGAUUUCUGCUCACAGCUUCUCUCCUUACCUCAUGGAGCCUUCCAGGUGCUGCCCAGCUCACCAUCAUCCCCCAACCAUCCAUCGCUGUCGUGGGAGACGAUGUCCUUCUCUCCCUCCAUGGUGUCCAGGAGGGAAGUUAUAUCAGUAUCACCUGGUUUCAAGGGAUAGGUUUUGUGAGGAGCAUCCUAGCCUAUGAUACUGAGACAGAGACAGUGACCACAGGCCCUGCAUUCACCAGUCAGGAGUUCCUGCCAUCCAAUGGUUCCCUCAUCAUUAAGGGAGUCCAAUUGACUGACUCUGGAAACUACACUGUCCUUGUAAACUACAAAGAUGGUGAGCUGAAGUCGGCAACACAAGGGUUUCGAGUCUAUGUGAUACCAUCAAAACCCACCAUCACCAUGGAUUCUGGGGGCUCCAUCAUUGAAUUCCAGAGCUGGGUGAUGUUCACAUGUAACACCAAUGAUGAGGAUGUCAACAUCCGGUGGUUCCUGAAUAAUACUGACCUCCCACCCAGUCCACAGCUGUCCCUGUCUUCAGAUAACAAGACCCUCACCUUUCACAAUGUCACCAGAGGGGACAGUGGAUACUACCACUGUGAAGUCUGGAAUCCAGUGGGCUUGCAGAUCAGUGAUGGCAUCAACCUGAUUGUCUACUAUGGACCAAACCAGGUCACGAUUACGCCGGAUACUGGGUCCAUUUGGGGCAGCACCAUUGGGGUGGAAAUCAGCUCCAGCCUCAUGUUAGCGUGUCAGACUGAGUCAAACCCUGCCCCUACCUAUUCCUGGUAUUUAAAUGAAAAUGACUUGCGGUUUUCUGAGUCCAUUUACCCCAUCUCAAUGGCCUCCAGGAAUCAUGAAGGGAAUUAUAAAUGUACAGUGUACAACAGUGUGGUUGCAAAAUCUGCUUCAGCAUCUGUCACGGUCAAGGUAGCAGAGCGGGUGACCAAGCCCAAUGUGUUGGCCAAUACCACCUCAAUUGUGGAGGAUGAGGGAGCAGUGAGCUUUACCUGUGAAACUCCAGAUGCUGAGAUUGAGGUUCAGUGGCUCUUAGACAACCAAAGCCUCCCACUGAGUGACCGGCUGGUGCUGUCCCAGGAGAACCGGACGCUGACCAUAGCCCAGGUCCACAGGGAGGAUGCUGGGCAAUAUCAAUGCACCACUUGGAACCUGAUCAGCAGUAACAGCAGUGACCCAGUGGCUUUGACCGUGUACUAUGGACCUGACCCUAUCAACAUCACUCAGGAAUCUGGGUCCAGCGUGGUCAACAGCACCAAGAUUAAGCUUGGCUCUACUCUGACCUUACUGUGCAGGGCUGAUUCUCAGCCAGCUGCCCAGUAUCACUGGUCCGUCAAUAGCACCAGCCCAUUGGAGCAGACUGGCUCUCUACUCACUCUAGAGGCUGUGACCUGGGAUUAUGAGGGAACUUACACCUGCUUGGCAUGGAACAAUCUGACCCAACUGUCCCGCUCAGCCACAGUUGCCAUCAGGGUGGUUGAUUCCUCCCUGUCUGCUGGGGCCAUUGCUGGCAUUGUGAUUGGAGUUCUGGCUGCUGUUGCCCUUAUCGCAGGGCUGGUGUAUGUCCUAGUCAUCAAGAAAAGGUGCACAGGAAAGAAGCCAGGGGAGCACAGGAAAGGAGGAAAGUCACUUGGUCAGUCAGAAUCUGUGGCCACAGAUGCCUUAGGAUCCCAGAGACCCACCAUACCUGCAGAGGACCCACCAGGAGACCUCAUCUAUGAGAAUAAAGCACCUGAGUAUAAUAACCAACCUCGUGGUCGUGCACUGCUCCCUCCAUCUACCAGUGAACCAUUGCACCAAAAGGAGCCAGUCUAUGAGGAACUGUCAUCACCAUACGAGGAUGAUUAUUGCACAGUUAACCCAUCCGCUUAAUCCUUUUCCCACUUGGAUUCAGAAAACCUGGGCUGGACUCCCAGCUCCACCAUUUACUUGCUGUGUGAUUUACCAUCUCUGGAUCUCAUUUCCCUCCUCGAAAUGGGGAUAAUAUUAUACUAUGUCCUAGGAUUUCUAUGACCAUAUAAAGGGAAAAUGUAUAUAAAG